GUAGAGUGAGGUCACACUCGUUACCGGGGCAGCCAGGAAGCCAGAGUGAAAAAUGUUUGGAAAACCGUAGCUCACGGUACCUGGCCAGCUGCGGUAUGAAGAUUCCCAACAUAUUCUACGAGUAGUCAUUCAUCCUAACGGAGCAGCAAUGUAUCCCAGGUGCGGUAGCUAGGGGCGUACUGGUGGGCACCGGAUAAGCCAGCAUGGGCACGGCUUCGUCUUUGGUGAGCCCUGGGGAAGUGAUAGAGGACGGGUAUGGAGGUGAGGGCGGGGAGGCGUGCGAGAUCCCCGUGGAGGUGAAGCCCAAAGCCCGUCUGCUGCGCAGCUCCUUCCGCCGCGGCCCGCGGGUCAUCGGUGCCAGCUUCAAGUCCACUGGCUCGGUGGACCUGGAGUACGCCGCGGAGUACGAAAGGCUCCGCAAGGAUUACGACAUCUUCCGCGUCAGCAAGAAUAAUGAAAUCACGUCCAUGCAGAAGAAGGAGGCCAAGCUGGACGAGGAAAACAAGCGACUGCGAGCAGAACUGCAGGCACUACAGAAGACCUAUCAGAAAAUACUAAGGGAGAAGGAAAGUGCCCUGGAGGCUAAGUACCAGGCCAUGGAGAGAGCUGCCACCUUUGAGCACGACCGGGACAAGGUCAAGCGGCAGUUCAAAAUUUUCCGUGAGACAAAGGAGAAGGAGAUCCAGGACUUGUUGAGAGCUAAGCGGGAGCUGGAGGCCAAACUCCAGCAGCUGCAGGCCCAGGGCAUCCAGGUCUACGACCCCGCUGACUCCGAUUCUGACGACAACCGCACAGGAGUCACAACUGCAGGAACUCAGUGUGAGUACUGGAGUGGUGGCGUGCUGGGCAGUGAACCCUCCAUGGGAAGCAUGAUGCAACUACAGCAGACGUUCAGAGGACCCGAGUUUGCCCACAGUUUAAUUGACGUGGAGGGUCCGUUUGCUAAUGUCAGCAGAGAUGAUUGGGACACUGCCGUGGCCAGCUUGCUGCAGGUGUCACCACAUGUGUCUCAGGCGCUGUGGAGCAACACUGUACGCUGCUACUUCAUGCACACCCCAGAGACGCAAACCGAAAUGGACAUCUUCAUCAAGAGUUACUCCCCCAGGCUGCAGAAGCUGUGUGAGGGGCUGGGCCACUUCUACCUGAACGUCAGCUUCCCUGAGGAGGGAGCCGGCCGAUAUGCAGCUGAACGCAGGCAGGAGAUCGAGAGGAGCUCCCUGUGUGUCCUGCUGCUCAAGACCUCUGUCAGCAGCUCCCUGGUGGAGGAUGCCGAGGAGGCUUUUGUGAAGAACACGGAGGCCCGUCCCUUGCUGCUGUAUCUAAAUGCAGGGGUGGGGGCCACUCUGACGGGCCCAGCCAAGGAACUGGUAGAGAAGGUGACAGCAGCUGACAAGGCAGGCAAAGUCAAGGUUAUUGACCACAGCGGCCACCCAGAAGAAGGAGCUUCUCUGAUUUACAAUCAUCUGGAGAGGGUCAUUAAACAGGAAUUACUGGGUCACGAGGGAGGGGACGGUGACAGCAAGGACUCGGCAGGGGAGGAAGACCAUGAGGAGGAAGACUACGGAGAUGUUCUGUGGGACCUGCAUGACGAGCAAGAGCAGACUGAGGCUUACCAACAGGCCUCCAGGUCGGCCUCUCAUCAGGGCGUCCAGAAGUAUAUUGAGCACCUGAAUGACAUGGUGGCCGCGCCCCCUCCCAUCCCCCCUCUCCUCGUGUCGGGAGGGCCAGGCUCAGGGAAAUCUCUCCUUUUAGCCAAAUGGAUUGAACUUCAGCAGAAGACAUCUCCUAGUACCCUGAUCCUGUACCAUUUUGUUGGACGGCCACUGUCCACAAGUUCAGAGCCUGUGCUUAUGAUAAAACGGCUUACUGUCAAGCUACUUCAGCACUUCUGGUCCAUAUCGGGCUUGUCGAUGGACCCCUGCAAGAUCCUGGAAGAGUUUCCCCGUUGGCUGGAGAGGCUGUCUUCACGUCACCAAGGCAAUAUCAUCAUCAUCAUCGACUCCAUCGACCAGAUACAGCAAGCAGAGAGGCACAUGAAGUGGCUGAUAGACCCGCUCCCUGUCAACGUGAGGGUGGUGGUGUCAGUCAAUGUGGAGACUUGCCCACAGGCAUGGAGACUCUGGCCAACACUCCACCUGGACCCUCUGAGCCCCAGGGACGUUAAGGCAGUGAUCAACACCGAGUGUUUGGGGGCUGAUAUCAGACUCACGAAGGAGCAGGAGAAGAAGCUGGAGCGGCACUGCCGCUCUGCCUCAGCCUGCAAUGCGCUAUACAUCACUCUGCUGUCCAAGAUCAUUACCAACACCAGGGGAGUGUGGUGCUUGGACGGGGCCCUGGAGCAGUGCCUGCAGUGCCAGGACACCGUGUCCCUGUACAGACUGGGGCUGAGGGUGGUGCUGGACACGCUCGGCACAGACAGGAACAAACACACCACGAGAGAGAUUAUGUGCCUGGUCUGCGUGAGUCACAAUGGUGUCAGUGAAUCAGAGGUGCUGGAGAUGUUUCCGGACCUGAGCUGGCCCCUUCUGUCCUCCGUGCUCCGCAAGCUGCAGAGUCUGUGCAUUGUCACCCUGGGCUGCGGCCUCAUCAGGUUCCAGCACCUGCAGGCCUGGGAAGCUGUGAGACUGGAGUUCAUGGAUGGAGAUGCCAGUUCAUCUGCUCACAGAGAGAGACUGAUCCAGUACUUCAGUCAGCAGCUCAGCAGGGACAGAGUGACGUGGAGGGUGGCAGACGAGCUGCCCUGGCUCUUCCAGCAGCAGGAGGACAAAGUCAAGCUGCAGCGCUGUCUGCUCAACCUGUUCGUCUCCCAGAAUCUCUACAAGAGGGGUCAUUUUUCAGAGCUGCUGGCCUAUUGGCAGUACGUGGGCAAAGACAAGAGCUCCAUGGCCACUGAGUAUUUUGACUCGCUGAAGCACUAUGAGAAGAGCUGUGAGAGUGAGGACAGCAUGACCCGGCUGGCUAACCUGUACGAAACGCUGGGCCGCUUCCUCAAGGACCUGGGCCUCCUCAGUCAGGCUGUGGCACCCCUGCAGAGGUCCCUUGAGAUCCGGGAGACUGCACUGGAUCCGGACCAUCCCAGCGUGGCCCGGUCUCUGCACCAGCUGGCCGGAGUCUACGUCCAGUGGAGGAAGUUCGGCAACGCUGAGCAGCUGUACAAGCAGGCCCUGGAGAUCAGCGAGAACGCCUACGGCUCCGACCACGCCUGCGUCGCCCGCGAGCUUGACUCCCUCGCCCUGCUGUACCAAAAGCAGAACAAGUAUGAGCAAGCUGAGAAACUGAGGAAAAGGUCAUUAAGAAUUCGUCAGAAGACUGCACGUCAGAAAGGAAAUAUGUACGGCUUCACCCUGCUGCGUCGCCGGGCCCUGCAGCUUGAGGAGCUGACCCUGGGCAAGGACACGGCCGACUGCGCCAAGACCCUCAACGAGCUGGGAGUGCUGUACUACCUCCAGAACAACCUGGAAGCGGCGAAGGUCUUCCUGACGCGGUCCCUCGAGAUGCGGCAGCGUGUCCUGGGCCCCGAGCACCCGGACUGCGCCCAGUCGCUCAACAACCUGGCGGCCCUACACUGCGAGCGGCGGGAGUACGAGCGGGCCGAGGAGCUGUACGAGAGCGCGCUGGACAUCCGGCGCCGCGCCCUCGCCCCCGACCACCCUUCCCUCGCCUACACCGUCAAGCACCUCGCCAUGCUCUACAAGCGCAGGGGGAAGCUGGAGAAGGCCGUCCCCCUGUAUGAGCUGGCCCUGGAGAUCCGGGAGAAGUCGUUCGGACCCAAGCACCCCAGCGUGGCCACCGCUCUGGUCAACCUGGCCGUGCUCUACUGCCAACUGAAGAAGCACAGUGAAGCGCUGCCCCUAUACGAGCAAGCCCUGAAAGUCUACGAGGACAGCCUAGGCCGAUCACACCCUCGUGUGGGCGAGACACUCAAAAACCUGGCAGUACUCAGCUAUGAGGAAGGGGACUUUGAGAAGGCGGCGGAGCUGUACAAGCGAGCGAUGGAGAUCAAGGAGGCGGAGCCCUCGCUGGUGUGCGGGAAGGCCCCGUCCCGCCACUCCUCCAGCGGGGACACGUUCAGCCUGCGGGGUCCCGCCCUGCACCCCAACGUCCCCAGGUGACACCCGCCACCGCGCGGCCCAGCCAGUUUUAUUUCGGCGUUACACCACCUGCCGGCUCGUGCAGACUUUGGACACCCGAGGGGCAGGCGUACCUGCCCGGGUGAACACACCUGUAAGGAGCAGACUGCCUGUUAAAUGCCACAUCACUGCCACAUUGCCUCUCAGCCUCUAGGCCAAAUGACAGGAGCGCUGCGGCUCUCCCUAUAUCCCACGAGCACAAUGUCUGGCUUCUCAAAUGAAUCCGUGAUUUGUCAUCGGAGGGCUCCAGAAGUGUUUUGGAAAGUUUUGUGCCACAUGAAAUCAAAUAACAACCAAACUAGUGCAGGGUUCAGAGGUUUUCACAAGCACAAACAGCUGCUACUGCAACUUAGCCACUGGUGCUCAGUGUCUCCGUUCAUAUGAAUAGUGUUGUGACAUGGCCUCGUUCCCUUCACGCUGAGGGUUGGAGAAUGUAUUCCUGUCUUUGUAAGAACUUGUAGCUAUUGGUACUGUUGUUAUGAAUAUUGAAAGUAGUUUGAGGUUGUGACGUGAGCUCUUUGCAGCCCCUAUCAGGAAGUACUCAGGUGAUAGGUCUUUUUCCACCUCCCUCAGACCCAUGCUCUCCAUGACAUUCUUGGAGACAUUUGAUUUUUGCUGCCUCACAGCAAAUACAGCACAUGCUCAGUAUGACAUUACCUUAAAAAAUCAAGCGGUACUUAAAUGC